UGCGCAGUUUCCAAAUGAGCAAAGAAAGAGAAAAAGCUGGAGUCAACUAAAGGACUUUAUUCAGCACUGAAUGACAUUUAACAAAUCUAAACAGGACAUCCUGCUUAACAACCAUGUCUGAAAACAGUCAGAUGGAUCCACCAACUAUGCUCUGUGACAUGUGUACAGAGGAGGACAGGAAACCAGCAAAGAAGACCUGCAUGAAGUGUGAGAUCUCCAUGUGUGUCCAGCACCUCCAGGCCCACCUGACCACACCUGUGCUCCUGCAGACUCAUCCUCUGACUGAACCCAUGGCUUUAUGUGGGAACACUAAAUGUUCUCAGCACAGCAAGAUCCUGGAGUAUUACUGCUUGGAUGACAUGACCUGUGUGUGUGUUUCCUGUGCCAUUGAGGACCAGCACCGCCUACACAACAUGAAGACGUUCUCCACAGCCCAUGAAGAGCUCCUGGAGAAGCUCAAAGCUGAGCAGCAGAUCUUAGAGGAGAAAACAGACGAUGAGGAUGUGAGUCUGGAAAAGUGGGAGAAGAGUGAAAGAGGGAAGCUGGGUCGCUGCAGUGUGCGUCUGAUUGAGGCUGUGACUAACCUGCGUGACAUCUCUCUGAGCAGCAUCCAGAGUUCAGUCUCUGCUCGUAUGGUGUCCCUCAAGACCAGCAAGAGCAGCAUUGAAGCAGCACUGAAGGAGAAGGACACCUUCAGAUUCCUGCAGAUGUAUUCUCAGCUGCAUCAGGAUGUGGAGAAGGCCAAAGCUGUGGAUCUGAGAAAAGGGCUGGAGCCGGGCAGCGAUCGUGACAAACUGGUUGAGGAGAUAAGACAGAAUGGGGAGAAGAUCAUGAUGCAAGCAUCUCAGUUCUGGGGAUCAUUGCUGACUCUGGUUGAUCCUGAGAACCAUCAGGAGCUUGUUCCCACUGAUUCUGAUCUGGAGACCUUCCCUUCUAGCUCUGACCUGUUAUUUGUUCCACAGUCUCUGAGUCCUGGCAUGUCGCUGUCCACUGACUAUAGGAAGGUUUUCCAUAGUCGCUCGAUGAGACUUUGUUCUUCUCACAUCUUCUGCAUUAAGAGUACACUGCUUGUUCCUGACUUUAAGAGAUGGAUGAUCAGCAUUUCCAAAGACUGUGACUGGAUCAUUGGUUUAUGUGACAGCAGUUACAUAAAUGAUAUGAAGAAUGGAUAUGUCUAUGGCCUACGCUGCCAAGGUGAGCAGCUCAUCUCUCUCACAACAGAGUAUAGUUUGGUUCAGGAUCAAAGUGUCCGUUUGAUGAUAGCUGGGAACCAGACAACUGAAAAUCCCAGACAGUACUAUAAGCCAGUGGUUUCCCAUCAGGUCCUCAACACUCCAAGGGUUAAACAGGUGACCGGACCACAACAAGUGGAAGUUGUAUGGAGCUUUCCCGACUCAUUAUCAUUCUUCAGCAGGAUCGGGCAGCACCAGAGAAUAAAAUUACUCACAGUAAAAAUCAGCUCUACCACCUUGGACCUCAAGCCUUUUGUUUGUCUUGAAGGUUUAGACAAGGAAGAAUCACAGAAGUCCUCUGGUCUUUUUGGAUCAUCAGGUCAGCAACAAUAUCAGACAAGCCCUUUUGGGAUGGGUUUUGGUACUGUUGGUACUGGAUUUUCAUUUGGAUCCCGUACGUCUUUCCAGUCAGCCUCUUCUCGUGGAGGGCUUAUUGGUUCCCCGCCAAUCACAGUGGUACUUUGUGAACUUCUGUAGCUGACACCAGUGCUGCUGCCUAAAGCCCACAUCACCACAUUUUUUUGUUAAUCUCAUUCACUUGUAGUUCCAAUGAAAAUGCUAAUUAUCAGUAAAUGAAUAUGAGGUGCUGGCUGUGCAAAAGUCUCAUUAGUGCUAAAACUGGCAAAGAAAGUUUAAAGUAGGUUUGGUCAUCAUAAGUGUGUCAUGGUCCUGGGUCAUUGAUCCAGGUUGUUCUGUUUUGGACUCUUAAAUUCUCUCACUUUAUAUCUCUGUUUGAUUCUAAGUUUAUUGUAGUUUAUUAUUUGCAGCUCUUGUGGUGGUGUGUUCAUCUGUUCCUGUUUUUGCCUGAAGUUUCUUAGUUUCUGGGUUACCUGUUCAGUUUCCACCCUUUGGAGGUUUUGUAUCAAAUCUUAGAUUUAAGCAAUAAAGCUUCUUCAAGUUAA